AGCCACUCAGUGCUCAGGCCUUGCUUUGCGCAACGCGGUGCCGCUGGGGAGCAAUGGUUCUGAGCAGGCAGUUGUUAUACGGCUUUUGUUUUAACGAAGCCACCCAUUACGGUAUGAUGAUGUCAAACGUGAUGCUGAUGCUACAGUUACAGCCCCUGCUGGCGCAGCCUCUCUGAUUCUCUCUCCCUCUCCGCGUCCAGUGCUGGGCUUUUUCAGAGAAGUGCAUCUCCUAACCAGGUCACAUUUCAGCCGCGACCCACUCUCCGCCAGUCACCGGACGCAGACUGCGGGAGGAGGGCUGAGGACAGCCGCGUGUUCUUCACCAGCAGCGGGGUGGGAGGAAGGACAUUAAAAUACUGCAGAAGUCAAGACCCCCAGUAGAACCCGGACCACGAUGCGCGCCCCGGGCUGCGGGCGGCUGGUGCUGCCGCUGUUGCUCCUGACCGCGGCAGCCCUGGCCGAAGGUGACGCCAAGGGUCUCAAGGAGGGCGAGACCCCCGGCAAUUUCAUGGAGGACGAGCAAUGGCUGUCGUCCAUCUCGCAGUACAGCGGCAAGAUCAAGCACUGGAACCGCUUCCGAGACGACGACUACAUCAAGAGCUGGGAGGACAAUCAGCAAGGAGAUGAAGCCCUGGACACCACCAAGGACCCCUGCCAGAAGGUGAAGUGCAGCCGCCACAAAGUAUGCAUCGCCCAGGGCUACCAGCGGGCCAUGUGCAUCAGUCGCAAGAAGCUGGAGCACAGGAUCAAGCAGCCGACCGUGAAACUCCAUGGAAACAAAGACUCCAUCUGCAAGCCCUGCCACAUGGCCCAGCUUGCCUCUGUCUGCGGCUCAGAUGGCCACACGUACAGCUCUGUGUGUAAGCUGGAGCAACAGGCGUGCCUGAGCAACAAGCAGCUGGUGGUGCGAUGCGAGGGCCCCUGCCCCUGCCCCACGGAGCAGGCGGCCACCUCCACUGCCGAUGGCAAACCAGAGACUUGCACCGGUCAGGACCUGGCUGACCUGGGAGAUCGGCUGCGGGACUGGUUCCAGCUCCUUCAUGAGAACUCCAAGCAGAAUGGCUCAGCCAGCCCGGCCAGCGGGCUGGACAAGAGCCUGGGGGCCAGCUGCAAGGACUCCAUUGGCUGGAUGUUCUCCAAGUUGGACACCAGUGCCGACCUCUUCCUGGACCAGACGGAGCUGGCUGCCAUCAACCUGGACAAGUACGAGGUCUGCAUCCGUCCCUUCUUCAACUCCUGUGACACCUACAAGGAUGGCCGGGUCUCCACUGCUGAGUGGUGCUUCUGCUUCUGGAGGGAGAAGCCCCCCUGCCUGGCAGAGCUGGAGCGCGUCCAGAUCCAGGAGGCUGCCAAGAAGAAGCCAGGCAUCUUCAUCCCGAGCUGCGACGAGGAUGGCUACUACCGGAAGAUGCAGUGUGACCAGAGCAGCGGCGACUGCUGGUGUGUGGACCAGCUGGGCCUGGAGCUGACUGGCACCCGCACGCAUGGGAACCCCGACUGCGAUGACAUCGUGGGCUUCUCGGGUGACUUUGGGAGCGGUGUUGGCUGGGAGGACGAGGAGGAGAAGGAGACGGAGGAAGCAGGCGAGGAGGCCGAGGAGGAGGAGGGCGAGGCAGGCGAGGCUGACGACGGGGGCUACAUCUGGUAGAUGCCCUCAGGAGCUGGCAGCCGGAAGGGACUCAACAGCAGAGCUCUGAGCAGCAGCAGGCAGCUUCGAGAACGGAUCCGGAAAUGCAGUCAGAAGGACCCUGCUCCACCCGGGGGGACCGGGAGUGUGAGUGUGCAUGGCAUGAGUGUGGCACAGAUGGCUGGGAUGGGUGACAGUGUGAAUUCGUGUGUGCGUGCGUGUGUGUAUGUGUGCGUGUGUGUGUGGCAUGUGCUGACAAAUGUGUCCUUGAGCCACACUGCUCCUGGCAGAGUGAGUCACCCAAAGGCUGCUUUGGCCUCCUUGUAGCUGUUUUCUUUCCUUUUGUUGUUGGUUUUAAAAUACAUUCACACACAAAUACAAAUUGACAGGUCAAAAUCCAUGAAAUGAGAUGCCCCCAGCCGCGUCCCCCAGCCCAGCCCUGACCCCUUGGGUUCCUACCCUGGCUCGACCGGCCCUUGCCUGCCCUUCUGCCUCUUGCUUCUGAAGUCAAGCUCUGGCCUGCGAGCCUGUCCCCAUUGCAAAGGGGAGGGAGGGCAGGGAGCUGUCUACCGGCUGAGGUCCUCCCAAAACUGGGCCGAUGUGGUGUGACAUCCCCACCAGCCUCAGAUGAGACGGGCCAGGACGCCCAGCCACAGCAAGCCCUGUCCCUUUGCUGAUCCCCAAGCACUAGAGAAACUCUCCUAACCCAAGGCAGAGUGAUGAAGGUGGCAGCGAGGAGGAGGAGGAGGAGGGCAGCAGCUGAGAGACCGGGGACAGGGUACCUUGCUAGGCUGUCCAAGGUCUGUCCCAGGGGGCCCAGGUGGUGCGGGUAGAACAGGGUGGGGAGAGGGGUCGGCUCAGCAGGAGGAGGCUGUGGCUGCAGAGACUGGAGGAGCUUUUAGGAGUUGAGAAGGGGCAGCUCUAAAUCCCAGACCCUGGAAUAGCCUGUUCCUUUUCUCUGGGUCUCGUGUUGGAGCCAUGGUCUGGGCUGCUCUCUUGGGGACACUGGGCGGUGGUUACAGAGUUGACCUCUGCCUGGCUCCCUGUUGGUGCAGCCCAUCCCAUGGGGUGCUGCUCCUGCCUUCAUCCCCCUUGCUGGGGUCCCCUCGUCCACUUGAGGGCGCCUGAGGGCCAGCAGCAGCAGGCGAGGAGCCUGGGUCUAGGCUAGGGUUGUGUGUGCUCACCUCCUCCCUGACCCUUAACACUCCCAUCCUGCCCAGACCCACAGAGAGACCUGUCCCUGAGACCCCAGAGAGAAGCAGCUGUCGAAGGCUGCAGCCUUCCCGCGGUCUGAGACCAUGAUCUUCCUCCUGCCAGGGGAGAGCCACCCACAGGCCAUGUCCAGCCCCACUCCCCUCAGCCCCCCGGGGUUUCCUUCUGGCCCCUCUGAAGAUCCCCUAGGGUUGCCCCUGCAGAGGGGCUUCCCCAAGCUCUGUUUCGAAGCCUGCAGUAUGGAAAAGUGAGAAGUCAGAGGGGACAGGACAGGUGCAGCUAGGCUCUGCGGCCACACCUCGCACCUCGCUGUUCCCAACAUCCCCUGAGCAGUGUAAGCUCAUCUCGCCAGAUGAGAAAAGGCCCCGUGCAUUUCUUUUGCUUGUUUGUUGCUGUUUUCCCCCAGCCGUCAAGUUCUCCCCAUGGAAGCAAAUUCCUUAACACCUUUGGUGGAGAAUUUCUUACCCAGACUUGGGGCUGUGAUGCCCUUCAGUGCGAGAGAGCAGCGUGCAUGUGUGUGCCUGUGUGUGAAGCUGGGGGCUGUCUUGGUGGCCUGGGAGUGUGAGGAGGGGCCUCCUGUGUGCUGGGUGGGUGGUGGAUGUGGGGUCAAUGCGGUGAGGCUCUCUGGGUGAAGCUCCCAACCUGGCAGUCCCCAGCCUCCCAGCAUCUGCGAGUGUCUGUUGGACUUUACAGAAGAGCCUCACCCUGUCUGCCCCUCACUCUGCCCUGGAAUCAACAUCUUCCGAGUCCUUCUUGAGGGAAAUAGCAGAGCCCCACUUAGCCCCAUAAACCGCUUCCCAUUCCGCAGCCCAGUUCUGAUUGUUGAGGUGUCGUGCCAUUCCAGGUCCCCCGGCCCCUUCUUCCUCCUGUCCUCUCUCUGUCCUCCCCCUCCCCCUCCAGCCCCGGCUCAGUUCAGGGAAAUGCUGUUCCACAUCAGCCCUCUGCUUUCUGAGGCAGCCGCGCCUCUGACUCGGAGCUACUUGACACUUUGCUCUUGCUAGGAUUGAAGUCUACCUGUCUCUUCCCUCUGCCCCAGCUGGAGUUCUGGAACUUUCCUACUGUGUGGCGGGGGUGGGGGGGGGGGUUGUUAAGGAUGCUGGGGGGCCUGGGAAGGGAAGGAAUUCAGAGGAAGGGUGUUCCCUGUCCUCUUGUUGUUGCCCUCUGCUCCUGGGCACGUGCUCUCUCUGUCUCUGGGUCUUCUGACUGUACGCGUUUGUGUGUCCUUGUAAAUAUGUUUUAGGAAGAAAGCAAAAGGGAUUGAACUAGCCUCUGGCAGGGCUGCAGGGGUCUAGCCUUGCCUGUCUCUGAAGCCUCUACAUCACUUUUUGCCCCACUGAGACUGGGCCCCUCAAAAGGUAGACAGAACAGCAGCUCCCAGUGGGGCUGAAGGUCGGCCUCCAAGUGGCUUCUUGUUAGACAAGGUGAAGGUUUCCUCAUGAGCAAGGUUGCAGAUUGGUCCUUCCUCAGCUCCUUGAUUCAUGCCCUUGACCAAGGGGCCUGCCACCCAGCCCUCCAGCACCCUCUCCUCCAUGCUUUGCUUCUUCCUGGCCCCACUCCCCUGGCUUAGGCAGGUAAGGGAAUUAGGGCCAUGCUGGAAGAAGCUUAACCAUGUGUUCAAAGAACAGUUUCCUGCUUGCUUGGUCCUGGAACUCCCCUUGGCUGCCCCAGGCCUCCUUGGCCCAUGGGUGCUGGGGGAGGUGGAUGUCAGAUCUGGUAGGCUGGAGCACAGAAAAUAAAUGUGCCUUGAGAGACCACUCAGAGAGGGUCCAAGGGUGAUGGAGAAGGAAGGAUGGCCUGGGAGCUUGGAAGGGAGGGGCGGUGGGUGGUGGCAUCUUGACUGCCCCCUCUUGUCCCACACGUAGGGGGUGGUCACACCUCUUCACUCCAGCCUGUCUGGCUUCAGCCUUCCAUGAGCUCCACCUGCUUCCAACUUCACCUUGGAGGGGGUGGGGUCUGUUGGCAUCAACACGGGACCCUCUGCUUCACCAAAGCCCAAGCCCUCAGCUCUUGGGGAGAACGAAUGGCUGAGCUUUGAUUCCCGGGGUCCUUGAGAGGCUGCAGGCUGGCGGUAGUCCCAAGGGAGAGACACCACGGGUGCAGAAGGAGAUCCAGACAUCCCGAGGAAGUUCCCAGCGAGCAAACUGCUUUCCAACCUGAAGCCUGCUUAAACUGUGUGAUGUGCAAUAACUGAGCUUAGAGUUAGGAACUGUGUUCAAGUGCUUGGAUUUCCGUCUGUAGAUUUAAGUGCUGAAAUCGUAUCUCUCAGUAAUUUUAGAUGUCUUUAAAAAAUCGAAAAACCAAGUGUUAGACUGUGUGUGUGCGUUGAUGGGCACUCAAGCGUCCCGUGAGUCAUCCAGCCAUCCCUUUCCCCUGCACCCCCAUCCUCUCACAUCCCGCCCCGCCUCCACUUGGGGACGCUGCCUUGUGUCGUCUUUAUCUGCCUAUUACUCAGCCUAAGGAAACAAGUACACUCCACACAUGCAUAAAGGAAAUCAAAUGUUAUUUUUAAGAAAAUGGAAAAUAAAAACUUUAUAAACACCA